UCGACGAGAGCGAGCCGAACAAAGAUCGCACGGCAGGCUGGGCGUGAGCCGCCGAGCGCCACGGAAGAAGAGGUCGCCUGCGCCGGGACGCCCUCCCCGCGGGAAGCACGUGGGCUCGGCCAGGGGAGAACCUCCGACCGCCGCCGCUGGUGGAGACUGUGCCGCGGUCUCUCUCCCGGGCGGAAGGGGCGCUUCAACUUUGACGCCUCUGCUGCUGAAAGAGGGGACGGGAACCCGGAAUUCUGCGGGGAAGACAGCGCGACGAGCCCCGAUGGAGAGACUGGUGGGCGUCUGGGUUUGCCUGGUGGCAGCCGCGAGAGCAGUUGUAGGCUUUGGAAUGGAUCCCAGCUUACGGAUUGAUAUUAUCUCAGAACUGGAUCUUUUCAAUAUGUCCAAUGGAAUUACACAGGUGUCUGGACUACAUAAUGCCAGCAAAGCAUUUCUAUUUCAAGAUAUAGACAGAGAAAUCCAUGCAGCACCCCACACAAAUGAGAAGUUAAUUCAACUGUUCCGGAAUAAAAGCGAAUUCACAUUUCUAGCCACACUACAACAGCGGGCAUCAACUUCAGGAGUCAUUCUAUCUAUACGAGAACUGGAACACAGCUACUUUGAACUGGAAAGCAGUGGCUUGAGAGAUGAAAUAAGGUAUCACUACAGAUUUAAUGGACAAUCAAGGACAGAGGUGUUUCCAUAUCGGUUAGCAGAUGGGCAAUGGCACAAGAUUGCAUUGUCACUCAGCGCAUCCCACCUUCUGCUUCAUGUGGACUGCAAUAGGAUUUAUGAACGUGUUAUAGACGCCCCAGAGACAAAUCUGACCCCAGAAAGCAAUUUGUGGCUUGGUCAGCGUAACAGAAAACACGGCUUCUUUAAAGGUAUUAUUCAAGAUGCGAAUGUUGUCUUUAUGCCUAAUGGAUAUAUACCACAAUGUCCUAAUCUAAAUCGCACCUGUCCAACAUGUAGUGAUUUCUUAAGCCUGGUACAAGGAAUUAUGGAUUUGCAAGAACUUCUGGCUAAAAUGACUGCAAAACUAAAUUAUGCAGAAAUGAGGCUUAGUCAGUUGGAAAACUGUCACUGUGAGAAGACUUGUCAAGUAAAUGGAGUGAUUUAUCGAGACAAAGACUCAUGGGUGGAAGAUGAUCACUGCAGAAACUGCACAUGCAAAAACGGAGUAGUGGAAUGCCGACGAAUAGCCUGUCCACCAUUGAACUGCUCUCCUGUUAGCCUUCCUGUCCAUGUAACAGGCCAGUGCUGCAAAAUGUGCAAGUCCAAAUGCAUCUAUGGAGGAAAAGUGUUGACAGAAGGUCAGCGGAUUUUAACCAAGUCCUGCAGCGAAUGCCGUAAUGGAAUUUUAGUAAAAGUAACAGAGAGCUGUCCUCCAUUGAACUGCUCAGAAAAAGAUUACAUCCUCCCUGAGAACCAGUGCUGCAAUGUUUGCAAAGGUCAUAACUUUUGUGCACAAGGACAUCAGUGUGGUGAAAACUCAGAAUGCAGAAAUUGGAACACAAGAGCUACUUGUGAAUGCAAGAGUGGUUAUGUCUCUGUUCAAGGGGAUUCAGCUUCUUGUGAAGAUAUUGAUGAGUGUGCUGCUAAGAUGCAUUAUUGUCAUGCCAACACAGUGUGUGUGAACCUGCCUGGAUCUUAUCGCUGUGACUGUGUCCCAGGAUAUAUUCGUAUUGAUGAUUUCUCAUGUACAGAGCGUGAUGAAUGUGACAGUGGACAGCACAACUGCGAUGAGAACGCAAUCUGUACUAAUACGGUCAGAGGACACAGCUGCACCUGCAAACCUGGAUAUGUGGGGAAUGGGACCAUCUGCAGAGCUUUUUGUGAAGAAGGAUGCAGAUAUGGGGGGACAUGUGUAGCUCCUAAUAAGUGUUCCUGCCCUUCUGGAUUCACAGGAAGUCACUGUGAAAAAGAUAUUGAUGAGUGUGCAGAGGGGAUCAUUGAAUGUCACAGCCAUUCACGCUGUGUUAACCUCCCAGGGUGGUACCACUGUGAGUGCAGAAGCGGUUUCCAUGACAAUGGAACCUAUUCACUUUCCGGGGAGUCCUGUAUUGAUAUUGAUGAAUGUGCCUUACGGACUCAUACCUGUUGGAAUGAUUCAGCCUGUGUGAACCUGGCUGGGGGGUUUGAUUGCCUCUGUCCAUCUGGACCAUCCUGCACUGGUGAUUGCUUGCAUGAAGGAAGCUUGAAACGGAAUGGACAGGUAUGGACUCUGAAGCAAGACAGAUGCUCUGUUUGCUCCUGUAAGGAUGGCAAGAUAUUCUGUCGGCGGACUGCUUGUGAUUGUCAAAAUCCUACUGUUGAUUUCUUCUGCUGCCCAGAAUGUGAUACCAGAGUCACCAGUCAAUGUUUAGGCCAGAAUGGGCACAAGCUAUACCGAAGUGGAGACAACUGGACAUACAGCUGUCAGCAGUGUCGCUGCUUGGAAGGAGAAGUGGAUUGUUGGCCACUUGGUUGCCCAGCCCUCAACUGUGACUACACAGCAAGAGCGGAAGGAGAGUGUUGUCCCCGUUGCAUCAGUGACCCAUGCUUGGCUGACAAAGUUACUUAUGAUAUCAGAAAAACCUGUCUAGAUGGUUCUGGAAUAACAAGGCUCAGUGGCUCUGUAUGGACAAUGGUUGGAUCUCCUUGUACAACCUGCCAAUGCAAGAAUGGACAUGUCUGUUGCUCUGUGGAUUUAGAAUGCCUUCACAAUAACUAACGUAAAAAGCUGGGACUAUUCUUUUUUGAGAGGAAAACUGAUGCAAUUUCCCACUUUCAAAACAAAUGCAGUUAUAGAAGAUGGGAGUUUUAUACAACAGACAAUUACCAACGUUUCCACCUGAGUAAGAUAUUUGGGAGUUGCCUUUGGGACCUACCACUAUGCGUUCAUCCUUGCUAGGCUUGUCAUGGGUGACUUUUACAGUACAAUGCAUAUAAAUCUAUGGUUGUUCAAAGUUUUGAGUGUUGUAAAUUAUAUCCUUUUCCUGUCAAAUCAUUUGCAAAUCCGUUUAAAUUAUUGGUAAAAUACGUAUUUGUUUAUUUAAUUUAUGUACAAACAGCAAGAUAGAAACUCUCUUUUUAUUUUAGUUUAAAAGAACAAAGUCCUACAAAAUAAGGCUGCCUUUUGUGGUUUUGUCCCAUAAUAUUGCACUCCUAGUUCUGAGGUCCCUGUCAGAUGUAUUUAUGAAAAUAUGUAUGUAUGUACAGUCAAAUUGCAUAGUACUUAUAUUUCAUAGCUGUCAAACAUUGUAAAACAUUCCAAGAAACAUUUGACUUGUUGAGAUAAUCAAUUCUCAGCCUAUCUUUACUGGGGGUGGGGGAAAGUAAAAAAUUAGUAAUGUCGCAAGUUUAAUGAAGUGGCAAAAUGCACUCUUUUUUUGCAGAAAGAUGAGAUAACAGCAACAUUCCUGUGUGAAGGGAGGGAAGCAGCACUGUGUUAAUCAGUGCUGCUUCAGAAUGUAUCCAGAAAACCAUGCCACAGAUCAGAAUUAGGCUUAGUGGAAUGUUGUGGGCUGCAAGUCAAACGACAAAUAUUGGAUAUGGGUGUAAGUCUGUCAAAUUGUGUAGAAUUCAAUAAAACAAUCAAAGGGCUUUACACAUGUUGAUUUUAAGUGAAUGGGUUAAGUUUUUGAUAACCAUUACACUAGUAUACAUGAGUUUAUAAUCUCUACUCUGUGUAGUUGCUUUAGCAUAAUCAAGUCUGCCAUCCUCCGUUAUGUAUGCCAUAAUGAACAGGUUCAUCUCUAUUUGUACAAUGUUAGAACUUACAAGGAACAGUGUAAAUGUCACUGCAUUUAAUGAUAAUUUCAGCAACUAUCACACUAGGCGGUGUGCUGGUCUUAGAAGAUGGUUGGUACACUCCAUGUUCCAAUUUGUGUUCAAUUUAAUGUACUCGUCAAACAACCUUGUCUCCUUAACCCCCCCCCCUUUUGACAUCCAAAAAGACCUACUUUAUUAAGUUAGCCAUCUUUAAAAUGCUGUUUUAAACCCCAAACUUAAGUAUAAAUUGUAAUUACUACUUCUCAGCAUGCACAAUGAUUAAAUUUGAAUGAGUGCUUUGAUUGUACAAGGCCAGGACUUUUGCAAGUACUAGAAUAAAAUCCAUCUCAGCCCAAAACAUACCCCUCUCCAGCAAGUUUAUAUGCUUAGAUCACUACCUACAUGUAUACACAGAGCAUUGUAUAUACAAUAGACUACUAUUUGGAAAUAGGAGAAAAGAAACCCCCACAUCCACACUGCCCUAGUUACAUGUAGUUGCUUGGAAUCCAUAAGGAAAACAGUGGGCUAUACUCCUUCCACUGUGCUCAUAGAACUUUUUGCCACCCCAAUUGGAAAGGGAGAAUUCACUGUUUAUCAUCUGUUCAUUAUUUAUCUGCAAAAAAGUUGCAUUGCUUUGUACUGUGCCUGUUUAGAGAAAAGAUUCUACAACCACUAUUGAGUGUUUCUUUUUCAGCAGAAUUGUGCUCAUUGUGCUUUUUUGUGUGAUAACAUUCUUCCCUUUCCCUUUGGUCUUUUUACUGAAAUUGAGUAUUCAUAACCAGUUUGAGGAGAAAAGCUUGGCAAGUGCUUUACUUCAUUUGUGAAAAGCUAUAUUCUUCUAGCCAAGAAAUCUAUAAUUAACUCUUAAGAAUGAUAGUUGGCUAUUUACAAUGGAAGACUACUGCAUCUAAGUUCUACAUAUUACUGUGCACUCAUCAUUCUACCAAAGGGAUAGCACACAGCUGUAUGGAUGCUCUGAGUCAUGUAGGUAUUUUUAGUUUAGCAUUUGCUCUGGAGAUUUUAAUGAAAAUAGAGACCUAUUUAACACUGAUCAGUUUGAACGUGAGUGCCCAGUUUAAGGGGUCUGGUGCACAAGCAGGAGUUGUUGUUUUUUGUGAGGAGCUGAACUUUCACAUUGGUGGCAAUUGUGGUUUUGUCCCCAGUGUCAAAAAAUUCCUUACAAGGAAAAGCUUAUGCAAAGGAUUAUUGGUGGUGAUUAGAGCAACAAAACCCUUAGUUGUUUAGAAUUCCAUAUCGGGAAAAUUUGUCUUUUUAAAAAAGUUGCUCUCAUUUUGGCACCCUCUGUGUGUCUGAUUAUUUUUGCAAAUGUUUUAAUAACUAUUAUAAGGAAUGCCAUUGAUGUCUUAUAGGAUGUGCAUAGGACAUUGUAAAUCACAUCAUCUUUCCAUUUUGUAGAUCAUGUUGUAAACCCAAUGAUAACUCAACUGGGGGAAAUGAUGCAGCAGUUUCAGAUGUAAAAGGGGAGUGAUUUAAAACUUGUGCCAUCUAAAUAAACUCCUGUGUACAGAU